CACAACACUGCGAACAGGAAGUUUUUAAACUCUUGUCUUUCAUUAUCAUGUUAUUUCUGCAGGCUGCACACGCAGGCGAUCGCGCAAUGUGACUUGUUUCACAAUGAGUAAAAGGAAAGGCAAAGUGAUCAGUGAUGCAACAGCUGUCAAGAGCCGGAGAGUGACAGAUGCAGCAGAUGGUACAAAUCAUCAGGGACCAUCCACCAACAGCUUUGUCACUACAGCUCACUCAGCCACAGGAGAUAUUGGCCUCAUUGAAAGCAUCACUCUAAAGAAUUUCAUGUGUCACCACCUGCUUGGUCCGUUCCAGUUUGGCCCCAAUGUGAAUUUUAUUGUUGGCAACAAUGGAAGUGGAAAAAGUGCCAUCCUGACUGCUUUGAUUGUCGGCCUCGGUGGAAAGGCCACUGUCACAAACAGGGGGAUAUCGCUAAAAGAUUUUGUGAAGACCGGAGAAAAUACUGCAGAUAUAACAAUAAGGCUGAGAAACAGAGGACCAGAUGCUUAUAGAACGGACUUUUAUGGUGACUGCAUUUUCAUCGAGCAUCGUAUCUCAAGUGAUGGAAGUCGGACCUGCAAGCUGAGGAGCAAAUCAGGACAACUUAUCUCAAACAAGAAGGAGGAAUUGACCUACAUUUUGGACCACUUCAACAUUCAGUUGGACAACCCGGUGUCCAUUCUCAACCAAGAAAUGAGUAAACAGUUCCUGCAUUCAAAAAGUGAAUCAGAGAAGUACAAGUUCUUUAUGAAAGCAACCCUGCUGGAACAGAUGAAGCAGGAUUACAUCCACAUCAAGCACACCAAAACAAUCACACGACAGCAGGUGGAGAGACAAGAAGAGUGUCUCAAGGACCUAAAGCAGGACUUUCUACAGAGGAAAGAGAUAUAUGAAAAUUUAUCGUCCUUCAGUGAGAUGAAGGUGGCCUUGGAGAAUCUGAAGAAAGCGAUGGCAUGGUGUUUGGUCAGAGAGAAGGAGCAGCUCAUACAGCAGCUGAGGGAGGAUAUUGAAAAGGAAGAGAACAGUUGCAAACAUCAGCACAACCUUCAGCUCUGCCAGACUAAGGUCAUGCAAGUAGAGAAGAAGAUUCAGCACAUCAAAAGCAGAAUUGACAGUCUAAGAGGGGAACAAGAGUCUCUAAAGGAGGACAGUCUCAAGUUGAAAGAACAAGUGAAGGUCAUUAGCAAAGCUCACCAAGAACAAGAGCUUGUUUAUUUUAGGGCUUUGAACAAACUCAAACAGUCAGAGAAGGAGCAAAACCUUCUUCAGGAGAAGGCAAAAGCAAGUUUAAUCCUAAACAGCAAUGGAGAGACAGAAUAUAGGAAACAACAGAAGACCUUAUCCAGUCUGAGAGAGCAGCUGGCAGAACUAGAGAACAAGUGCUCACAGCUAAAUCAGGAAAUUAAGAACAAACAUCAAGCACUUUUUAAAGGAAAGGAAGAACGCGACAAGCUAAGACUGGAGGAAAGAAAUAUCCAAUUUUCAUACGAGUCCAAAGUGAAGAGGAAGAAUCAGCUCCUCGCCAGUCGAUCAAACAAACUCAAGCGUUUUGGAGAUCAUGUACCUGACCUGCUGGGUUCGAUCACUCAGGCUUAUGCCACAGGACGGUUUCUCAAGAAACCUGUUGGUCCAAUAGGGGCGUGUAUCAGUCUGAAGGAUCCCACAUUAGCUGUAGCCGUGGAGUGCUGUCUGCGAAGCUUCAUGAAAGCUUUCUGCUGUGACAACUACAAGGACGAGGCUGUCCUUCAGGAACUGAUGUCUUAUUAUUAUUCAGCGAGCAACAGGCCACAGAUCAUCGUCAGCCCUUUCUCUGAAAAGGUUUACAACAUACAUGGACGAAAAGCAUGUCACCCAGAAUACCCAUCUGUGUUGGACAUAAUCACAGCAACGAGCCCAGUUAUCAUCAACUGUCUGAUUGAUAUGAGAGGAAUAGAAUCAGUUCUGAUAAUCAAAGAGAAAGACAAAGCGAGGAGGGUAAUGCAGCACAACCGGCCCCCGAAAAACUGCCGUGAGGUUUUUACUGUGGAGGGAGAUCAGGUGUAUGCAAACCGUUACUACACCUCUGACUUCAGCAUGGCCAAAUAUCUGGGCGGAGAUCUUGAGACAGAAAUAAGUAUGUUGGAGUCAGACCUGGAGAAUCACCAGGCUCAGCUGUCCAGGUUUCAGCUCCAUGUGACCUCUGUGACUGAGGACAUUGUGGACAUGGAGAGCACGCUGAACAGCGCCAUCAUCACCCUGAAGAAGAGGCUGGCCUCUGUGAAUCAAGUGAAGGCAACAAUAACAGAGCUGGAAACUGCCGCUGAGGAGCAAAUCGAUGACAUCAGUUCCUUGGAAGAAGCUGUGCAAGAGAACCAACAGAAAAUCAAGGCAGAGAAACAAACUGUACAUGAAGCAAAGACAGAACUUGACAAGCACCAAAAAAUGGUAGAAGACAUAGACUGCAAGUACUCUUCUGUUAGAGAACGGGCUGAUCAGCUUUCAGAGGAAAUGGAACCACUGAAGGAUGAGCAGCUGAAACUGGAGACAGAGUGCGCAAGAGAUGAACGAAACCUUAAGAUUUUAGAGAACAAACUGAAGUCUCAUGAAGACACCGUUCAAGCUAUGAAAAGUGACCUUGCCCAAAGAGAAGAAGAGUUAAAGGAAUAUGUGUCAAAAGCCUCAAAGAUCAGUCCUGAACGGCAGCAGGUGACCGGCAGCACCAAGAGCAUCGACACAGAAAUCACUCGGCUGAAGAAGAAGAUAAAGGUGUAUGAGAGCAGCCAUGGCGAGCAGGAGCAGGUGGUCAGGGAGUACGCUGAGGCCCUCGCUCUCUACAGAGAGAAAAGCAACCAAGUGAGAGAUUUGCGGAGGUUCAUCGACCGACUCGAUAACAUCAUGUCAGACAGGCAGAACAGAUACAAAAUAAUGCGUAGGUCUCUCUCUGUCAGAUGCAAGUUAUACUUCAACAACUUCCUGAUAAAGAUGAACUGCUGUGGCUCCAUGAUUUUUGAUCACAACAAUGAGACACUCUCAAUCUCAGUAAAGCCUCCGGGCAGAGAGGACGACGGUGUGGGUGAUAUGAGGUCGCUGUCCGGUGGCGAGCGCUCCUUCUCCACCGUUUGCUUCAUGCUUUCCCUGUGGGAGAUUACAGAAUCCCCCUUCAGAUGCCUGGAUGAGUUUGAUGUCUACAUGGAUAUGCACAAUCGCAGAAUCUCUCUGGAUCUCCUUCUGGAGCUGUCAGAGCGGCAGCACCUCCGACAGUUUAUCUUUAUUACUCCACUGACCACUAGUAGUCUACCCAAAACCAGACUCAUUAAAAUCCACCAGCUUGAAGAUCCAGAAGGAAACCGGAGUGAAACGGUAGAUGAAAAUGUUUCAAAUCAGUCCUGGUGACAGAAACAUAAUAAUGUCAGUCAUGAGGGAAUGUUUAUGUACACAGUUACUUUAUGUUUUACUACAGCUUGCAAAUGUCUUGUCACUUUUGAGUGUUUGUGGGGAUAAAUUCACAACCGUGUUAUGAAACCUAAAUAAUGAUUAUACCAGGACAAAAAGGUAUGUUCUCUUACCUUAUUAGCAAUUUGUUGCUGUUGUUGUUGUUGUGGUUUCUCUUCACUUUAAAAAAUAGCAGUGUUAAUAGUACUGUCAGUUGAACCUUUGUUGGUCUGUUUCAGUGUAAAGAGCAGUAGCUAGGGGCCCCUAGCUAGACUCGGAUUUUUGGCAUUAAUAAGCAGAAUAUUUAUUUUCUGCCAAGGAAACUAAACAUGUUCAAAUAAGAAAUGGAAUGCUAUUCAGCUGUGAACUGACUGAUGAGCCAGGGUGUAUUAAUCUUACACAUUUUGGCAUGACAACCAGAAACUGUGUGUCUUGUAAAUGAAAGGUCAGGUUUGAUUUCUGACACAGAAACAACACACUAAAAGAAAACAAAUCUAAGCUCUUGACUAAAUGAACAAAUAAUGGCACACGAUCGAGAUGUUCAAAACAACACAGAAGAUUGUGUUACAUGUUAAAGGUCAUGCACUGUACAACUUUAAGCUCGUUUGUGAGAUGUCUGGCACUGGUGUCAUUAAUGUGUUUUUAGGAAAUUCUGUGUUCAAUGUGGUUCUGAGUGAUUUGAUCACUGGCGUUCUUUUUUUUAUCAGGGUUGCAAGUAACGUAGGAAAGUAUUCACAUUAUUUCUUGAUUAUGUUUGAACUGUUUUAGGUGAUGAUAGAUAUAAAUUGUUCAUGAAGAAUAUCUUUAAAAAUACCCCGAAAAUGUUUGUCAAAGUUUACUGUUUUGUUAUUUAGACUUUACGAGACCUAAUCUGUGAACCCCGGCUUUUACUCAACCCGUCAGUGUUAAUAUUUUUACAAUAAGAAAUCUGUUUGUUGAAGUUGAUUAUUACAGAUUUUUGGGCUUUGUAGCAAAAACAUGUACACUAAUGCUGUCCAGUUCCCUCACGUGUCAAAAAUGCUCACUGCUUCACAUCCAGCAGCUGUUAAUGAGUUCCAUGGAAAACA